AUGAACUAUGUCACAGAGCAGAGCACCCUCCCCGAUGGUGACUUCAACAAGGACACUAAGCUGUUUUAUUGUUGUCGUGAGGACGCUGCUCCAUCCCAAGAGAUAGCCUUGCCAACGUCUGCACCCUUCUACCUCCUGAUGAAGAAAGACGUGUGUCAGAAAGUCGCUGGCAUGUCGGUGACAACGGAGACGCAGUUCUGGGACGAUGAAGACACAAACAACCACAAUGCCAGAGAGGGGUCAACUCCUUUCCAAAUUGGAGAUCGUACCAACGUCGCCAUCAACUAUUGUUAUUACUCCUAA